AACAUAAUCUCUUUCAGCAAGAUGCCAGCGCUUUUCCAGAUUUCCUAACGACUCCCUGCUAAUUCCAUGCCAAAACUAGCAGUGGAUUUCUUCCUUUUAAUCUCCCCUAAUGCCUUAUUCGAUUAUUGUCACUGCUCUCCGACCGCGCGCCGUCCCCUCAGACCCUAAUUCCCCGCUGGACACCCGGCUGAGGCUGAAGGGCGGCGGCAAAACCGACGGGUAGGGGCAGCCCCCGCCGCCCCUCGCCCUCCCAUCCCGGGCUACGACUGCCUGAGGGCCGAGGGGACGGGGCCAAGACAGGCGGGCUCCCCGACGUCCUCACCCGGCAGAGCGGCUGGCCGAGAGGAUGAGCGCCGAAACUUGCUCCAGCUGACGGCACUGACGGCACCCGAGCGUCCCCGCGCAGCCCCGAGGCAUGGCUUUGCUCAUCGCUUGGCUCUGUAUGGCCGUGAGCAUGGAGAAGGCUCUGGGGGGCCAGGGCGACGCGGGGGACCUCUACUCGGAAAACAUCACUCGGAUCCUCGACAAGCUGUUGGACGGCUACGACAACAGGCUCCGGCCGGGAUUUGGAGGCGCUGUGACAGAAGUCAAAACAGACAUCUACGUGACCAGCUUCGGGCCGGUGUCCGACGUGGAGAUGGAAUACACAAUGGAUGUCUUCUUUCGUCAGACGUGGACUGAUGAGAGGUUGAAGUUUGGUGGGCCAACUGAAAUUUUGAGAUUGAACAAUCUAAUGGUCAGUAAAAUCUGGACACCAGACACAUUUUUUAGAAAUGGAAAAAAAUCAAUUGCUCAUAAUAUGACAACUCCUAACAAACUUUUCAGAAUUAUGCAGAAUGGAACUAUUCUUUACACAAUGAGACUAACCAUUAAUGCUGAUUGUCCUAUGCGGUUGGUGAACUUCCCAAUGGACGGACAUGCUUGUCCGCUGAAGUUUGGAAGCUAUGCUUAUCCAAAAAGUGAAAUAAUUUAUACAUGGAAAAAAGGACCCCUGCACUCAGUAGAAGUACCACAGGAGUCUUCCAGUCUCCUCCAGUAUGACCUCAUAGGACAAACUGUAUCUAGUGAAACCAUUAAAUCUAACACAGGCGAAUAUUCACUUCAGCUGCUCUAUUUCCAUCUCCAACGGAAAAUAGGCUACUAUCUCAUUCAGACAUACAUUCCAUGCAUCAUGACUGUAGUCCUGUCUCAAGUUGUGUUUUGGAUCAACAAAGAAUCUGUUCCAGCAAGAACCGUGGCUGGAAUUACUACAGUUCUAACAAUGACCACUUUAAGCAUCAGUGCACGCCAUUCUUUGCCCAAGGUGUCCUAUGCUACUGCCAUGGAUUGGUUCAUAGCUGUGUGCUUUGCGUUCGUCUUCUCUGCACUUAUUGAGUUUGCAGCUGUCAACUACUUUACCAAUCUUCAGACUCAGAGAGCAAUGAGGAAGGCAGCAAGGGCAGCAGCACUGGCAGCAGCACUAUCGGCAGCAACUGUACCGGCAGAGGACGAGAUUGUCUCGCGUUCUGACUCCAACUGUAACCUGAAGAAGAGAGUAAACUCUGUAACGUCUCAGGCAGAUCAAUCUCCUGAAGCCAGCAUAAUAUCAAAUAGUGCAUCCCAAUAUCAACCAGUGUCUGUUCCUCCACCAGCCACCCCAGCACCACCACCUAUUGGAGACACAAGUAAAAUAGACCAGUAUUCUAGGAUCCUCUUUCCGGUGGCAUUUGCAGGAUUCAACCUGGUAUACUGGGUUGUUUACCUUUCAAAAGACACUAUGGAAUUUUUUGAACCUACUGCAAUGCAUCUUCGAAAUGACCAUCAGUCCAACUAAAGAAGAGAACAAGGUUUCAAAAAAAUCACUGAAGGUCUCGUAGGGUUGAAGUAACUUCAAAGGAAUUGUCUAUCCACAGGUGCUCUCAAUGUUCAAACACAGAAUAUUUCUAUUGGACAUCACCUGGAAACAAACUCUGGACAAAUCAAAAAAACAGAAACUGCACAGAGUUCUAAAAAUACUUUCUUACAAUUUCUUACUGUAAUUCUGCUAUAAAAGUUCUUGUUAAAUUAUUUUGUCCAACAGUCAAAGAAAAGAAUGUGUAUUUGUUCUAGUUCUGUAACAAAUAAUUGAAUGUUUACAUUGGUAUAAAACAUCAGUAAUGGGAUUAUUUCUCUUAGAUGCAAUGAGCAUUACUAAAGGAAGCCAGAUUCUGAACUGGUAUAAAUUAGCACUGUUUCACUGAAGUGCUAGGAGCUGCACUGAUUUGCAUCAGGUGGAAUUGGCCCAAAAUAACGUUAAGAAUAAAAGCUAUGAGAGGGAGCUGCACUCUCAUCACCUUUUCAUAACCUUUUCAUAGAUAAGAUGAAUGAUGAAUACUGAUUUUCUGUAAUUUCAACUUCAUAUCCUUUAAUCUGAGGUAACGUUUGUAAAGAAAAAAUUAGUAAUAAGGAACAAAACAGAAAGGAUUGGUUAUGUACUUUAGCUGGUUAUAUUAUAAUGCUUUUUUGUUGAGAGCGACUGUGAAAGUGAAACCAGUCUAAUUACAAGCAAUUUAUGGGCAGUAUCUAGAAACACAGGACUGACGCCAGAGAGAUUUCAGGGACUGAUACCAGGGAGAUUUCCAAGUUGACUGGCUAGAAAGAUGCAGCUACCCAUCAAGUGAAAUUCAAGCCUCCAGCUCUAGGAAAUUUCCCAGAAGCGAGUCUUGACGGCUAGUUAGGAAAUAAACUCUUAACAGCUGUUUCUACUGAACUGCACAUAGCAAACUCCUUAGAACUUUUUCCACAGGGAAGUUACUGUCAGCAAAUUCAGAGUUUAAAGGUGCUAGUAUUUUAUUUCUCACUCUCAACAAAAACAGUCACAGGAUUUAUUUUUCAUAGUUCAUAGUCAUCUAUUAUUUUAUUGUACAUUCACACCCUUUAUCUCUGUAGUCCUUCUCAAGUAUGUAAUUAGGAAAGAUAAUCAAAUCAAACCUGAGCCACCUCUGUUCAGGUGUAGUGGACACUGGUGGGAGUCAAAAGCACACUAGUCUUACAUGCAGCCAGAUAUAAAUUGAGGACCCCUGUCCUGAAUUUAACUGUAGUGCAACAGAAUUAUAUUCAUUUUAAAGUGAGAUGGAAAAUUCAGGGUCUUUUGUUUUGUCUAAACAAACAUCUUAGUCACUGUGAAAAAAUAAUUAGGGGCUGGCUAAUUCCAGUAAGUUAUCAAGUGCUCUAUUG